ACGGUAACUGAGCCAGGCUGUGACACUAACACUGUAUCUCUCACAGCUCAUGCGCUGCCCAUGUUCCGGGAGCCCAGACAGAAAAGUACCAGGAAACAGCUGGAAAAGGACCGUUUGGAUCCCAUCAAAUCCCACAAGCCCGAACCCCCCGUCUCCGGCCCAGGCCGGGGCGGUCGAGUCGGGACACACGGUGGGACUUUGUCGUCAUUUAUUGUGAAGAACAUCGCGCUGGACAAAACGGACGACAGUAACCCCCGAGCGGCCAUCUUACGCCACGCCAAGGAGGCCGCGGAGAACCCCUACUGGGUGGCCCCCGCCUACGUCAGGACGCAGCCAAACGCAGUGUUUGCGGAGCCGGAGCCGGAGGAAGACGAAGGUGAAGAUGAGCCUCAGUGGAAGAAGCGUAAAGUCUGAAGCUGGACGGGGCUCAGGGGGAGGG